AUGUCAAAGCAAACGGGUUCCACUGCGGCUGUGCAUGAAGCUUCUGGCAGGGGUGACUUUGAUAUGACGUCCCCAACAUGCACGGACAUUUCCCCAGUGAUACACCCGCCGUCUUUCCCCGCCAUCACUCAGAACUAUUACACCCCGAGUACAAUGAACUAUGGCACCCCCAGCCAUCAAGAUACAGACGGUUUGUCUGAACUCCAACAGAGCGGGCGCUUUGCUCAACCUGCCCCUUUUCCUUCUCACAACUCUCUCGCUAGACAGACUUCGCAGCUCUCAGGCAGCGCACUUUGCGGAGCCAUCGAGGUUGACGAGCUUUCUAGCACUUCUCAGGACGUGGUGACUCUGAGCACUACGCCGAACAAACGGGCAGUGGUGAUUUCCGAGGGAACUGGACGCCCUAACCGUUUUGCACACUUGACUGCCAACUCCUCUGGGCGCUCCUUCACUAGACCUCCUCAGAAAAAGCCUGAUCCAGCACCGCGACAAGAUCCAGACUUAUCUCAAUCAAUUAGUAUAUCCAUGACCAGUGAACUCAGCCGCCUAGAAGUUACAGAAGACGACGAACAGCAGCUUCGACGCCAGGGUGUAUCCAUUGAUUCCAUUCAGCAGACACUUAACCUCACCUAUCCGGAUGCCACAGACGCCCAGAAGAUCCGUAAGCUCCUGCAGCUAUUGGCAAACUCGACGAUCACAAGCAAUCGUCUCUUGGCUGAAAAGGAGGAGCUUGCUCAGAUGUUGACUGCUAAGACUAACAGCUCCGAGCAGGCAACACUGAACUACCAUAUAGAGAGGGCUAAACUCUUUGAAACACGAGCACGGGCGGCCGAAGAAAAGCUUGCGCAAACAGAGCAAGAGCUAUUAGAACAUAAAAGAAAGCUGCAUGCUAAGGACCAGGAGCUAUCGUCCGUAAUAAUCAAACUUAAUGAAGUGACCGCGAAAAGGGAACUUGAGAAAGAGUUAGAGAUUGAGAAGGAGCUGGAGCAUGAGAAAGCUCAUAGUGCCCUUCUACAGGAAGAACGAGAUAAGUAUGCUGCAGAAGUGCAGUAUCUAAGAAACUACGUCAAUGAGCUUGAAGAUACUCUUACUAUGACCAAAUCUAAUCUUCUAGAAGCUCAGACAGAUCUACGUGAAAUGUUUGCGAAGCUAUCUACUAAUGAAUCUAAUCAACUCAAGAAAAAGAUUUCUGACCUAGAGGAGCAAAUCUUGGAGCUUGGAGCCCAGCUUAAAGAGUCAGUCAAUUGGCAGCGUGAUGCUCGUUCUUCUGACUAUCCACAAUCUUCCCUUCAAGCUUCGCAGCAUAUCGAGGCCCUACAGUUGACAUAUCAACAACAGGUCAUGGACAAGCAAAUGGAGAUCAUUGCGCUCCAAGCGCAGCUGCAACAAGUGACGACCGAGUUGGAUGAACAAGCCCAGUUUCAAGCUACCAUUGCUGAGCAACACUGUGCGGAAAAGAGUGCUCUUGAGGCAGAGAACCGGGAACUCAGCGCCAAAGUAAGCGCUCUAAUGCGCACUGGAACAGGAUUAUCCCGUCACGUGCACACUGAUUCUGUAAUGCCCAAGAUACAAAUGGAACUUGUCGAAGAGACUAUCUAUUCAGAGUCAGACGCUAACAAUGUCGUUAUGCCUGCAUCUAUUGCGCCAACUUCGUCGCAAUUUAAGAAUGUAGACUCUACGCCUUCGAGGGCUAAGCAUAUGGAAAAGACCGAUAACCUGUUGGAACAGGAAAACCAACAUCUUCGUCAAGAAAAUGACAAGCUGAAAAGUGACAAGACAAAGCUAAAGAAUGCUCUAAAGCAGAUAAAACAGCUUCAGCGCGAGUACGAAGCCAGCCAAAACACCACUCCGCGAGAUCUUACCUCAGAAGAAGAGGACAACGGCAGCAAGAGGAGCUCGUUGGGCAGCAACACGGAAGAUGCCAUGAUGGUGCCCGGUACCAUGAUCCCCAGGCCAACACAACUGCUCAAGAAUCAAAUUAAUCUUCUGAAGGCAGAUCUUGGGUCUGCAAAGGGCGAGAUUGUCGAGCUGCAAAAGAAGCUUUCUGAGAAGGAAGAGGCUAGGAUGAGACUGGAGGUGGAAAAGAAACUACUAUCAGAAAAGCUUGAGGAAAACGAAUGCAGAAUAGCAGAGUUGCAGAAGGAUUUAACACGCUUUGAACUAGGGAGCGCACAUACCAAUGUUGCCAGGACGCAUAUGGCAGACAUCGAGACGGCCAAUAAGCACACAUCUACAGACCCCUCACCAGAACACAACGAAGCUACCACCACGAUACUGACUGAAGUCAAUGCUCGAUGUGUGGCAUUGACGGAGCAGCUAGAGAAGGAGAAGCAGUCUGUCUCGAUUCUCCGUGAUAAGCUCUCUUCUCUUGAGAAGGAUAAGGCUACUUUACUCGAGGAUGUAAAGAAAAAAGACAACUCUCUUGCAGAGGCAGAAGCGGCAGCGAAAGACGAAACAGAAAAGCUAACAGCCCGAUUGGCCGAUCUUCAAGGCAAGCUGGACGCCACAGAACGCCAGAAUAGGUCCUAUAACUCACUACUGGCAACCAUGCAUUCUGCAAACAGUGCAAACACCGACAAGCUUCGGUCAAUAGAGAAUCGUGAGCAAGUGGAGCUAGCGCGGCGAGAUGAACUGAUCUCUAUACUCAGAAACGAGAUACUCAUGCACCAGAGUGAAAUUGGCUUACUAAAGAAGGAGCUUUAUUUGCGGGACGAAGAAACCCGUCGUUUGAUGAAGAAAAUCAUAGCCUUAGAAGCAGGAUAUUUUGGUACUAGUUCCAAUCACUCCUAUUAUGACGCUGCUGAACCGGUAGCCACGGCCGCAGAUACCAUCGGCAGCUACCCCAUCAUUGACGCGGCUCUGCGAUCUUCAUCAAGACAUAUUCGUAGCCAGCUCAAUACGACGCUAGAAUCUGGUUUAAAUAACUUUUGA